AUGCAUGGGGGGAGAUUCUUGCGCCUCCUGCCCCGGCUGCCCCAUGCGGAAAUCCCGAGGGGAAUGCUGCCGCGGGAGGGGGGAGGCCUCGCCGCUGAUGCGCGCAUGUUGCGCGAUUUUCCGCCGCUCUUUCGCCUUCUCACUCGGAAGGAGGGCGUCUCGGCGGAGGCGCUUGGCAGUUGGAUGCACGAUGUGGACUCCCCCCGCAUUCGCCGCCACCUGCAGCACGAGCGCGCCUACCUGCGCGCCCUCAUGCGCACCCGAGCCGGUGGGGGGCGGACGAUGGGGGAGUGGCAGCGCGAGGUGGUGGGGGAGAUGGAGGAGAGCAUGCCGCCGCCCUCGCAUGGGCCUCCUGAGCCUUGUGGCCCCUGGUCCUUGCUUCUCCUCUAUCUCCACUCCCCCCCCCCUCCCCCACCCACCAGGCUGUACGGAGCACGGGUGCCAGACGGGCAGGAGCUGCCGGUGCUCUUCCGCUGGCCCGCUGCCAUGCACACGGGGGAGGUGGCGCACACAGCUGAGAGUGAUGGGGGAGGGUGGCAGGGAGGGAGGGGUAAGGGAAGGGCGGAUCGAAUGGGGGAGCAGAUGGGGCAGCAAGGGGUGGCGGGGGAGCAAAGGGCGGAGGAGGGAGGGGUGGAGGAGCGAGGGGAGCAGGUGUUGGUGGAUCUGAACGAGCUGGCAGACUAUUAUGGGUACGUGAGGCUAGUGGAGUGCAAGGUCAGUCGCUGCCACGCCCUCCUCGCACUGCUCCUCGACCUCUCGCCCUCCGAGUCCCCCACGCUCUUCCUCCUCCACCUCCCCUCCUCUCCACCAUCCCUCCACUCCCGACCCCUCUCCUCACACGUGCGCCCUUCCAAGCCCCUCAUCCACUCUCCGCCCUUCGCCGCGCGCCUAUUGUGCACGCCCAUCCCAGCGGUGGCGACGGUGGAUUGGGCGGCAGACUCGCAGCACGUGCUCUAUACCAAGCUGGAUGCCAACCUGCGGUCGCACCGGACCAUGAGGGGUGGCUCUAUACUCUCACCGCGUGUGCCUCUCCACUGCUCCAACCAUCCACCCCUCUCCCCCCUCCCUCCACUCCAGGUGCAUCUGCUAGACGCGCAUCACCCCACAGCACCCCCUCGGCUGCUGCAGCGGCGGCGGGAGGGCGAGCAGUGGUUUGUGGAGCACCAUGGGGGGUGGCUCUAUGCUGUCUCCAACCGCUGCAUGCAUGAGGAGGGGGAGAGGGAGGUGGAGGGGGAGGGAGAGGGGAAGGGGGAGGGUGGAGGGAGGGAUCAGCAGGGGGAGAUGGGGGUAGACAGUGGCGAGGGAGGUGGAGGGGAGGAGAGGAGGGUGGGGGAGUAUCGUAUUGUGAGAGCUCCAGUUCGUUCUGCCCACCGCGCUGAUAGCUGGCAGAGCCUGGCGAUCAGAGUGAAUGGGUGGGACAUCCAGCCAUCAGACAUUGUCAUAUCAGACAUCGAGGUGUUCCAACGCUGCCUCGCCGUGCACUGCCUCGUGCACUCCCUGCCGCACCUGCUGCUGCUGCCCCUGCCCCUCUCACCAGAGGGCGGAGUGGGAAGAGAGGAGGGUGGUGUGGGAGGGAAGGGGCGGAGAGGAGAGGAGAAGGGGAGGAGGGAAGUGGAGGUGUGGGCGAGGGCAGUGCAGCUGCCGGAGAGGGUGUGCCAUGUGGUGGCGGGGGCCAACCAGGACUUCCAUGCGUCCUCUCUCCGCAUCAUGGUGUCGUCCCCUGUUGUGCGUGCUCACUGUUGCCAUGCUUUGAGUCGACUCAAAAGCAGUGCAGCUGCCGGAGAGGGUGUGCCAUGUGGUGGUAGGGGGCAACCAGGACUUCAAUGUGUCCUCUCUCCGCAUCAUGGUGUCAUCCCCUGUUGUGCGUGCUCACGACUAGCACGCCAUCAUGCCAUCGUGUUGUCGUGCCAUCAUGCCAUCGUGUUGUCGUGCCAUCAUGCCAUCGUGUUGUCGUGCCAUCAUGCCAUUCUGCAAUCAGGACUUGAUGCCAGCACUUGGCGCAUCAUGAUGCCUGACGCCGUGUGCGAGGUGCACAUGCCCUCUGGGACCCUCUCAGUGCUGCACCAGGAGCCGUACUGCCGCCACCAACCCCACCAACAGCAGCACCAGGAGCAGCCUGCUAACCAGAAGCAUGAGAGAGUUGAGAAGCAGCAGAAGCAGCAGCAGCCACAGCAGGAGCACUCCCCACCAACCCCACGUCUUCAUCCCCCCAGCCCUCCCCUACCUCUGCCCCUCUUCUGCGUGCCUGGGCUCAUCUGCCAACGCCUCUGGGUACCAUCCCCGGACGGCCCACCCAUACCGCUCACCCUCAUCCACCAUGCCAGCAGGCAGCGAGACAGCGAGGGCGCGGCGCUACUAGAGGGGUACGGCGCGUAUGGGGAGGUGAUGGCAGCGGAGUGGGUGCCCCACCGCCUGCCUCUGCUGCACCGCGGGUGGGUUAUUGCCCUCGCGCACACCAGAGGAGGGGGGGAGCUGGGGCGAGCAUGGCACGAGGCGGGGCGUGGGGAGAGGAAGGGGCGGGCGGUGGGGGAUUUGAGGGCGUGUGGGGAGUAUUUGGUGGGGGAGGGGUGGGCGGGGAGGGGGCGGGUGGCGGCGAGGGGGAGCAGUGCGGGGGGGUUUCUGGUUGCUGCUGCUGUGAACGCUGAUCCCGGUCUCUUCCGAGCGAUUGUGCUGGAUGUGCCAUUCCUGGACGCCCUCACCUCAAUGAGCAACCCCGCCCUGCCACUCACAGCGCUGGACCGCCACGAGUGGGGCGACCCCCUCGCCUGCCCCUCCGCCUUCCGUGCCCUCAGAGCCCUCUGCCCCGUGCUGAACGUGCAACAAGGGGUCAAGUACCCCGCUGCCCUGCUCUCUGCUGCUCUCCACGACUCAAGAGUGGGCCCGUGGGAGGCUUUGAAAUGGGCAGCCAAGGUGAGAGCAGAGAGCGAUUACAGUGAGAGGGAGCAGCCGGUGGUGGUGCGAGUGUGGGGCGACAGAGGGCACGUUGCACCGUGUAGCGGCAGGGAGCAACUGGAGGACGUGGCUUUGGAGCAUGCCUUCCUGCUGCACCACGUUGGGGGGGGGGAGCAAUCAUUGUGA